GAUUGAAGGGAAAAAAAUUCUAAGAAUAGUGAAAAGGAAAAAUCUCUCAACAACCAUAGACACCGUAGAUUCAGAUUUUGUCUUCGUGCUUCACAACAAAACGAGGAAAGACUGAACACGAACACCCAUCGUUUUAUAUCUUUCCCAUUCAUUCAUUUUUCGUCGUUUUGACAAAAUUUCAUGCAGCCUUCUUCUUCACCAAGUCGUCUCUCUCUGAGGGUGUUGUGGAGAAUGAUGAUCUGGGUGUUCAUGAAAAGGGUCUAAUUUGAUAGUUUUGGAUCUGAUCCUGAUCUUUGGAUCAAUUUUCACGGAAAGAAAAGAUUAAAUAAAAUAUGGGUGUUGAUUACUAUAACAUAUUGAAGGUGAAUAGGAACGCCACCGAUGAUGAUUUGAAGAAAGCAUACAGGAGAUUGGCCAUGAAAUGGCACCCUGACAAGAACCGUAAUAACAAAAAAGAAGCCGAAGCUACAUUUAAGCAGAUCUCUGAGGCCUAUGAGGUAUUGAGUGACCCUCAGAAGAGGCAGAUUUAUGAUCAAUAUGGUGAAGAAGGGUUAAAAGACAUGCCACCCCCAGGAACUUGUGGAUCUCCAUUUGGAAAUGGGGGAUGCUCAAAUGGGUUUAAUCCGAGGAACGCAGAGGACAUCUUUGCUGAGUUCUUUGGAAGUAGUCCUUUUAGUUUUGGUUCAUCCGGACCAGGGAGAUCUAUGAGGUUUCAGUCAGAUGGGGGAGGAGGAGGAAACUUUGGUGGAUUCGGUGGUGGUGAAAAUAUUUUCCGAUCAUACAGUGAGGGUUUCACUCCAAAGAAACCACCACCUGUGGAGAGCAAAUUGCCUUGCAGCCUUGAAGAACUAUACUCUGGCUCAACAAGGAAAAUGAAGAUCUCAAGAACUGUGGCUGGUGCCAAUGGGCGGCAAGUGCCAGAGUCAGAAAUAUUGACCAUAGAUGUGAAGCCCGGAUGGAAGAAGGGAACCAAGAUUACUUUCCCAGAUAAAGGGAAUGAACAGCCAAACCAACUUCCAGCGGACCUUGUGUUUGUAAUUGAUGAGAAGCCCCAUGAGUUAUACAGCAGAGAUGGCAAUGACCUUAUUGUGAACCAAAAAGUGUCCUUAGCUGAGGCAUUGGGUGGAACUACUCUAAAUCUCACCACACUUGAUCAUCGCAGCCUAUCAAUCCCAGUGACAGACAUUGUGAGCCCUGGCUAUGAGCUUGUUGUCUCUAAGGAAGGUAUGCCAAUUGCGAAAGAGCCUGGUAACAGAGGCGAUUUGAGGAUCAAAUUUGAGAUUAAGUUUCCGACAAAGCUGACACCUGAUCAACGAGCAGGACUAAAGCGCGCUUUGGGGGGUUGAGUUGGAGGUGAUGGAUUGUUUCUUCAAUGUAUAUUAUUAGCCAACAGCUUUGAGCAUAGAUAGAGUUUGAAGCUGCUGCAUUUGUUUAAAGUUUAAACCCUAGUCUUGGAGAUUUUGCCUUUAAGAUUUGGCCCCAAAUGACUCUUCAUAAAUUUUUCUGUGUGUAUUCACUCUGUUCAUUCUUUGUAAUUGGCCCAUCACUUUUCUGGUACUUGUAAUUAGUGGGGUUUUUUUUGGCCAGGUUUCAUGUUCUUCAUGGGGUCUUGCAGAAUGGUGAACUCUCUUCCUGUGAUGCAGAAUGUUCUGUAUCAAAUCUUUUAUUAUCGUUUUAGAUAAGAUCGUAGAACUACCAUACUAUUUUCAGGUCAAUAACAUAAAAUGGAUUCUGGUUU